AUGACGAUCAGAGCUAGCAGAUUCACACCUGAAGUGCUCUUGGAAGCACCCCGCCGUUCGGAAGGCGUUCCAAAUUCUAAUGCAUCAAGAGUUUUAUACUCCGUCUCGACAUACAGCUUCUCUGGGCAUUCGAAGAAAUCUGAGAUUCGUGUUCUGGAUUCAGCAAGCCAACAAACCAGUCUCGUCACAGAUGAUGCAUCCUUUAGCGAACCUUCGUGGCUAGAUGAUGAAACAAUAUUGCUAUUGAAGUCCAAUGACGAUGGAACUACAAACAUAAUCGUUGGAUCUCCAGACAACUUCGAGAAGAGCAAACACACUGCUGGCACGAUACAAGGACCAGUAAGCGACUCCAAGAUCUAUGCUCUUGGUGGCGGUGUCUUUGGUCUCGCUGUCGUUGGCAAAGCCAAGCCAGAUGGCACACUUUUCAACCCAGAGAAGGCCGAGAAACCUCACUCAUCAGGCAAGCUGUACAAGUCUGGGUUUGUUCGCCACUGGGAUCAUUACGUGACAGAGAAUCGGAACACGAUAUGGCUUGGCAAGCUUCAGCAGAAGAAAUUGGAAAAGUCUCAUGUCUUCGAGCUUGGACAUCCUCUAACGAAUGCGCUGAAAGGAACGAAGCUGGAGUCACCAAUCGAACCCUUUGGUGGAAAAGACCACUUCGACAUAUCGAAAUACGGUCUCGUGUUCACAUCGAAGGAUCCUGAUCUUAAUCCCGCGACGCACACGAAAACCAACAUCUAUGUUUCCGCAUCUGACAGCUUCUGGGAUGAUCUCCACUCAAAAGACAUGCCGGAAAUCCAAAAGGCUACCAUCGAAGGCUUUGAAGGUGCCAGCACGUCUCCAGUCUGGUCAAACUCGCGCGGCAUGAUCGCGUUCCUUUCCAUGAAAACUGAUGGGUACGAGUCAGACAAGAACCAACCGUUCAUUAUCCACGAUUAUAAGAAACCAUCCCAAGUCACUCUGCUCUACGGUUCUGAGGAUGGUAAAGGAAAGUGGGACCGAAGCCCACAGUCCAUAUCGUGGAGCCCCGACGACUGGCGCCUUUACUUUACUGCAGAGUCACAUGGUCGUGGAAACCUGUACAGCGCUGGGCCUCCUAAUCCAAGCGGAGAGAAGGAGCCUCUGCCAUCGCUUCUUAUAAAGGGGGGAACGAUCGGCUCUGCAAAGGUGCUCAAGAAUGGCGACGUUUUCGUGACUUCGACUAGCUUGAUUGAGAACUCGCUAUACUCCCUUGUCCCUCUAAGCACUCAAAGCAGCGAUACGGCUGUCUACGAUCUUCCUAUUGAUGAUAGACCGUAUGAUGCGGAUCCUGAUCAUCUGACAACCAAAUACAUCUCUUCGAACACGCGUUCUGGGUCUAUGUUUGGUCUGUCACGCCAUCAGAUCGAUGAGAUCCAUUGGGACGGUGCCGCAUCCGGCACCAAGGUUCAUGCUUGGGUUGUAAAGCCCAGCAAUUUCUCGUCCAAGAAAACUUAUCCGCUCGCCUUUCUCGUUCAUGGCGGACCGCAAGGUGCAUGGACUGAUGGAUGGAGUACGCGGUGGAAUCCUGCCGUAUUCGCAGAGCAAGGCUACGUUGUCAUUUGCCCGAACCCUACUGGAAGCACCUCUUACGGUCAAGCCUUCACAGAUGCCAUCCAGGGCCAGUGGGGUGGUCUGCCGUACGAAGACCUUGUGUUGGGCUUCGACUACAUCAAGCAGAACGUCAAUUACGUUGACACAAAACGCGCCGUUGCCCUCGGUGCCUCUUAUGGCGGGUAUAUGAUGAACUGGAUUCAAGGACACCCUCUCGGCCGCGAAUUCAAAGCCUUGGUAACCCACGAUGGUGUCUUUAGCAUGUCCGGCCAGAUGGCAUCUGAAGAGUUGUACUUCCCUUUCCAUGAUAUCGAAGGCACACUCUGGAACAACCCGGAAAACUGGGCCAAGUGGGACCCGUCCAGGUUCACGGAAAACUGGGCCACACCGCAACUCGUAAUCCACAGCGAACUAGAUUACAGGCUAACGAUCAGUGAGGGUUUGGCGGCUUUCAACGUGCUGCAGUGCAAAGGAGUAGAGAGCCAGUUCUUGACCUUCCCAGAUGAGAACCAUUGGGUGCUGAAGCCCGAGAAUGGGCUCGUUUGGCAUAAAGUUGUUUUGGACUGGAUCAACGAGCAUGUCGGAUUGGAGAAGUACACGGAGGCCCAGAAGGUGAUCAAGCAGGAGUAA